AUGUCCCAGCAGCACACACUGCCAGUGAGCCUCCCCGCUGUGCUCAGUCAGCAGCCCCUCAAGACCGUUUCUCCUCCACUUGAUACCCAGCAAGAACAAGUGAAGCAGCCAACCCCACUGCCUGCCCCAUGCCAGAAGGUGCCCUCUGAGCUCCCAGUGGAGGUCCCCUGGGAGCAGGGGGAGAAAUAUACAGCUCCUGUGAAGGAAGUGCCUGAGCAAGAGCAGGGGCAGCAGCAGCACCAGGAACACCAGCAACAAGAGCCACAGGAGCAGAUACAGCACCAGGAACACCAGCAACAAGAGCCACAGGAGCAGAUACAGCACCAGGUCCAGCAGCUGCAACAGCUGCAGGAGCAGGUACAGGAUCAGGAACAGCAGCAGCAAGAGCCACAGCAACAGGAACAGCACCAGGAACAGCAGCAGCAAGAGACACAGCAACAGGAACAGCACCAGGAACAGCAGCAGCAAGAGCCACAGCAACAGGAACAGCACCAGGAACAGCAGCAGCAAGAGCCACAGGAACAGAUACAGCACCAGGUACAGCAGCUGCAACAGGAGCAGCACCAGGAACAGCAGCAGCAGGAGCCACAGGAACAGAUACAGCACCAGGAACAGCAGCAGCAAGAGCCACAGGAGCAGAUACAGCACCAGGUCCAGCAGCUGCAACAGCUGCAGGAGCAGGCACAAGAUCAGGAACAGCAGCAGCAAGAGACACAGCAACAGGAGCAGCACCAGGAACAGCAGCAGCAGGAGCCACAGGAGCAGAUACAGCACCAGGAACACCAGCAACAAGAGCCACAGGAGCAGAUACAGCACCAGGUCCAGCAGCUGCAACAGCUGCAGGAGCAGGCACAAGAUCAGGAACAGCAGCAGCAAGAGACACAGCAACAGGAGCAGCACCAGGAACAGCAGCAGCAGGAGCCACAGGAGCAGAUACAGCACCAGGAACAGCAACAGCAAGAGCCACAGCACCAGGAACAGCAGCAGCAAGAGACACAGCAACAGGAACAGCACCAGGAACAGCAGCAGCAGGAGCCACAGGAACAGAUACAGCACCAGGAACAGCAGCAGCAACAGCCACAGCACCAGGAACAGCAGCAGCAAGAGCCACAGGAGCAGAUACAGCACCAGGAACACCAGCAACAAGAGCCACAGGAGCAGAUACAGCACCAGGAACAGCAGCAGCAAGAGACACAGCAACAGGAGCAGCACCAGGAACAGCAGCAGCAGGAGCCACAGGAGCAGAUACAGCACCAGGUACAGCGGCAGCAACAGCCACAGGAGCAGGUACAGGAUCAGGAACAGCAGCAGCAGCAAGAGCCACAGGAGCAGGAACAGCAUCAAGAACAGCAGCAGCAGCAGCCACAGGAGCCACAGGUGCAGGUACCGUAUCAGGAACAGAAACAGGAACAGCAGCACCAGGAACAGCAUCAGGAACAUCAGGAAUCAGAAAACCUAGAGCAGCAGCUUGAACUGGAGAAUGCACAAAGGGAGCAGCAGCUGGAGGAGCAACUGGAACAGGAGAAGAAGCUCUUGGGCCACCAAAUGGAUCGAGAGCUAGAAAAGAGAGAUGAGCAAUUGGGAAAGAAAGAAGAGCAGCUGCUGGAGCACCUGGAGCAUCAAGAGAUGCAACCAGAGCUGUCAGUUCAGCAGGAGGAGCAGCCUGUGCUCAUCCCAGCUCCUGACCAGGUCCAAGAGACCCAGCCAGUCCAGCUGCCUAAGGGAGAAGUCUUGUUCCCUACGGAGCACCAUCAGCAGAAGCAGGAGGUUCAGUGCCCCUCCAAACACAAGUAGCUACCCCCAGUGUCUCAAAGGCCCUCAGGCCAGCCCACACAAGUGAAGAGAGAGCCCCCACUCCACUUACCUCAGCUUCCCAGCAUGGGCAGCCUGCCUCAUCUGUGAACUUGUCUGACCCUGUCACUCUGCAUGCCUCCUUGUCUCUUUGAUGGGAGUGAGGGGAAGGGGGAGUUAUUGUCCAGCUCCCAUCCCCAGUGAGCCCAAUCCCAACCUCACGUGAACAGAGCCUCUGCCUGAGGAACCGUUACUACUGUAACUCUGACUUCAGCCUAGUAUUAUGGCUGAAUCUGUGAGUGUGUACAAUGAUACAUAAUAAAUCCUGCAAUUCCUGAGAUCGUGUGUUCUCUUUGCUUCUUCUCCUCUGUAUAAAAAGCUAUGUGUGGGUUCCUGGUUGCAACUGACUCUUUUGGUCAGUUCUCAAAGGAAGAAAGAUGUUCCAGCCCGUCUUUGGUUCUGCUUUCAAAACUACUCCAAACAUUCAACAGCAUCUGACAAAAAACAAGCCCAAAACCAAACCAAAACAAACAACUUCACUCAUGCAAUGCCUGCAAGCAAUACCUGCCAGUCAUGGAGAGAAGAUACAUUAUUCUGGUUGGAGGCAGAGGGUUUAUCCACCUCAGUUGAACACUGCCUCACACUGCACACAAAUAGCCCAAUCUUAGCCCACAGCCAAGCUCAGCCCUACACUCUCUAUCCCCUGUCUCAAUUCCUCACAU